UGUGGUGGUGAAGACACUGCCUUUAGCCAAACAGGGCUUCGACCAAAUUGCCAGAGAGAGAGAGUGAGAGCCGGCGAUUUUGAUUAAGAGCUCCAAUACCUAGACGAAGUAGAGAAAUUUUCAGUGCCGAGAAAAGUCUACGUGUUAUCUCUCUGUUACUUCAUCUUGUUUCUGUCAAGCUUUCAACGUCUGAUCUAGUCAUCUUCCAUGGAUCCAUUCGAUUUCUUCCGCAAAGGUUUCGGGUGAAAACUAUCAUUAUUGGUCGUGCUUUCAGAAAGUGUUUUAUAUUUUUGGUGGUGGCUGUAGCUUUUUUGUUUACGUUUUGUUGAAGAAUGAGCUUAUCCAAGAAAGCGCUUCAGACGAGUAGCAAGCCAACGACGUUGAACCCAAAUGCUGCUGAGUUCAUCCCGUUUGCUCUUAGAUCUCCUUCAUCUGGAAGUAGUAGCAUGUUAGAUGCGAAACCGAGGCUUGCAGCUUCUACUAGUUCGGUAGGGAAAUCUGUCCUGGAUCGGACAGAAUCAUCAGAUGAAGAAGCACAUCAGUUCUGGAGUGACCAGCUCCCGGACGAUAUAACCCCGGACUUCAAAUCGAUGACAGAAGAUGACCCGCCUCAUGGAUUUGGUAGUCUACCGUUAGCUAGCCUGUCAUUGCACGACAUGAACGAAACUGCAAAGUUUCAUACUCCUGCAGUUGGCGGCGGAUUUGCACUUGCGGACCGAUCUGAUUUGUCUUCACAACACAUGAACGGUAACUUGUCUGAAAAUAUGGGGUAUCCGGUUUCAUCAUUUGGGGAGGAUCCAAAGCUUUGGGAUAAGCAAAUUAUGAAUGGAGAGCAGCCUUACAGUGGGAAUUCCCGGCACGGCUUCGUGAACGAAUUGCUUAGAGAAAGUUCGAACAUGGGUGAAAUCGAGGUGAACCCUUUGGAAUUCCUGGCUUCUCAGUUCCCUGGAUUUGCUGCUGAGAGUCUUGCAGAAGUUUACUUUGCUUAUGGGUGUGAUUUGCACAUGACAAUUGAGAUGCUUACUCAGCUUGAGCUGCAAGUGGAUGGUGGCCUGAACCAGAACUUAAGCCCAAAGACAUUGUCUGCUCCUAAUCUUACCGCAACGGAUUUUCCCGCCCUCACGAUCUCAGAUAGCCUGGGUAUUUCUGCCAAGUUUUCAGGGGAUGAUUACCAAUCUUCUGAAAAGGAUAACAUGUUUUUCUUCAAGUCAAGGUCUUCUGGCUCGCAUGCUGGUUCGAUAGAUUACGCCUCCACUGUCAGGAAACUGGCAUCUCAGGAUUCGGGUAUGUGGAAGUACGAAAGAUAUGACUCAGUGGAUUCGGCUAUUGGUUCAAGCAGAAGCUCCCUCGGUUUAGCUGAUGCUUACAAAAGUGGUGGGCGGGGAAGAAGCAUUUACGCCAACAAGUUGCAAAAUCGUGCCCCAAACCAAUCUGCUCCUGUCUGGGUAGAAACUGGAGAUGCAGUUGCAAAUAUGUACUCUGAAUUGCGUGAAGAAGCCCGCGACCAUGCAUGUCUCCGGAAUGCCUACUUUGAACAGGCUCGACAAGCGUACCUUAUCGGGAAUAAGGCUCUGGCUAAAGAGCUAAGUGUCAAGGGACAGUUACAUAACAUGAAAAUGAAGGGAGCUCAUGGAAAAGCUCAAGAAGCCAUUUACCGUCAUAGUGAAUCAGGAACCCAGUUGGCCAAGAGAACGUGAGAGGGAACGAGGGGAUGAUAGACCUGCACGGGCUACACGUGAGCGAAGCCAUCCAAGUGCUGAGGCACGAGUUGAGCGUGUUGAGGAGCACGGCCCGGGAGCGGGUACAGGUUUACGUGUGCGUUGGGACGGGCCACCACACGCGUGGCUCGCGCACCCCGGCUAGGCUCCCGGUGGCGGUCCAACGCUAUCUUCUCGAUGAAGGCCUCGAUUUCUCGGAGCCUCAGCCUGGUCUCCUUAGAGUUGUGAUCUACUGACAGAACACCGGCAAAAGAUUGUCAAUACAGGACCUAUAAAAAGAUCAGAAGAGAGAUUAGGGGAUCUACGGAAUUCAUUUGUUGUAUCUGUUCUGUAAAUGUGAAGAGAUGGUAGUUGCAGAAGAAAAAACAGGGAAAAAAUGUAAGGAAAAAGGAGGGACAGAUGAAGAAAGGCAGAGGAGGAAAGCUUGACUCGAAGCUUAAUGUUUAGGUUGCUGGAAGCUUCAGAUAAAUACCCUUUUUUUUUCUUGUAGAUUCUCAAGAGGGUCAAAACUUUGGUGAUCUCUGUUUUAUAUUCUUCAUACGAUAUUUUGUUAAUUGUCUUAAAUUUUCGGCCCA